AUGACCUAUUCUGUGGACGGCGGCUUCCCUGCCCCCCUCGAGACCACCUCCCCUGCGGCUGCCGCCAAUUCCUCCACCCUCCCGAUGAUGGCGACGACGAUGAAGAGGAAGAGGAAGAAUAACGCGAAGAGCGACCCGUUUCGGGUCCAAAAACUAUCUUCGUCUGCCCCCCGCCUAUCCCACCAGAACGAAAACCCCAUGCUGCUACGGAACGAUACGGAGUUGGUGAGCGCCGCAAAGGCGCUAAGAGAGGAUAUAGAGAAGAUAGACGACGAGUUCAAUGCUAUGAAUAGAGUUAAGAAGAUUCUCCAAGACCAGAUCAGCAAGCUCGACAAGCGCCUUAACCAGCUCGCCCCAAGCCGGAGAGGGCAAAAUAAGAGAUGA